AUGCCUUCCUUCCACGUCUGCAACCUCAGGGUGCUGGUGGCUAUUGUGUGCGGGUUGCUGACAGCCAUCACUUUGGGACUGGGCAUCUGGAGGAUUGUGAUACGGAUCCAGAGAGGAAUGCCUCUUCAAGAGUCAAGCGCCCCUAUAGCAUUCUGCAGGAAUGGUGGGACCUGGCAAAAUGGCAGAUGCAUUUGUACAGAAGAGUGGAAAGGACUGAGAUGCACUAUUGCUAAUUUUUGUGAAAAUAGUACCUUCAUGAGCUUUACUUUUGCCAGAAUUCCAGUGGGCAGAUAUGGACCAUCUUUGCAAACAUGUGGUAGCAACACUCCAAACGCGGGCAAUCCAAUAGCAAUCCGGCUAUGCAAUGUUACUCAGUAUGGAGAGAUAGAGUUACAAAAUGCAACAAUAGGAAAUUGCAAUGCAAAUCUACAUACACUGGAGACUCAGAUAGAAGACAUCAAGAACAAAUCUAACAAUAUUUCUACGGAAGCCCAGAUUUUAACAGCUGAUGCCAGUAAAUUAACUGCUGAGAACAUCAGUUCUGCUACUAUAGUGGUUGGACAGAUCUUCAAUGAAACCAGAAAUGCUACACCUGAGGCAAAAAAAGUUGCUGUAACCACAGUGAGUCAAAUUCUGGAUGCCAGUGAAAAUGUUUUUCAAGGAGCUGCUGAGAUUGAUAGUAACUCCUUUGCCACGCUUAUUAAACAAAUGGAGAAUUACUCCGUUUCUCUGGAUGAUGAAGCAGUGGUGGAACCUAAUAUAGUAAUACAGUCAGCUAAUCUAAAAGACAAUGAAGGGUCAAGUGUCCUCUUCUCCAUACGAAAAGGAUCAAGCAAUUCUCUAGUUUCUAGUGAAACAUCUAUAACUAAAACUGCAGAGAGACUUAAUCCAGAUGGACAGACUGAACUUCAGAUCUUGCUCAAUUCUGGGAAAGAUACAGAGUCAUGUGGCUUUGUAGUGUAUCAAAACAGCAAGCUUUUCCAAUCAAAAACUUUCACACCUACAUCAGAUUCCAGUCAAAAAAUUAUCUCAGGCAAGAUAAAUACAAUGGCACAAGAUCCGAAAGUUUCUGUUCAAAUGGCAUUUAAUCCCAGUUACAACCAAAGAGAAUUACAACUUAACUCCUAUUCCUGUGUCUACUGGAACUUUUCAACGAACGACUGGGACACAUUCGGCUGUCACAAAAAUGGGAGCAUUGAAGGAUUCCUCGGUUGCCAUUGUAACCACACUACUAGCUUUGCUGUAUUGAUGACUUUUAAAAAGAAUUAUCAGUAUCCCCAAUCACUAGACGUACUGUCCACUAUUGGGUGUGCCCUGUCCAUUGCUGGUCUGGCUCUGACGAUCAUAUUUCAGAUUGUCACCAGGAAAGUCAGAAAAACAUCAGUAACCUGGGUGUUGGUCAGUCUGUGUUUGUCAAUGUUGAUUUUCAACCUCCUCUUUGUGUUUGGAAUUGAAAACUCCAAUAAGAACUUGAAGACAACUGACAGUAAUGGCGCUAUUAACUCUGCUAACAAUGAAAUACCUGUAAGAGACACUAUUGAAACCCCAAAUCCCUCGUGCACUGUGGUUACUGCCUUGCUGCACUACUUUCUGUUGGUGACAUUUACCUGGAAUGGACUCAGUGCUGCCCAGCUCUAUUUCCUUUUGAUUAGAACCAUGAAGCCACUGCCUUCACAUUUCAUUAUUUUCAUCUCAUUAAUUGGAUGGGGAGCCCCAGCUAUAGUGGUAGGUGUAACAGUGGGAAUUAUAUAUGCUCAGAGUGAGACCAAGUCAUACUGGGAGUUAGACUAUCGGCAGGAGGAAAUGUGCUGGCUGGCAAUUCCAAAUGGCAAUAAUUUUAUAAAAAGCCCAUUUCUGUGGUCAUUCAUCAUCCCUGUAACCAUUAUCCUCAUCACCAAUAUUGUCAUACUUAUCAUAAUCACAGUCAAAGUGCUAUGGAAGAAUAACCAGAAUUUGACAAGCACAAAAAAGAUUUCAUCUGUAAAGAAGAUUCUUAGCACAUUAUCUGUUGCUGUUAUUUUUGGAGUUACCUGGAUUUUGGCAUACUUUAUGCUAAUUGAUAACAAUGAUGUCAGAACCAUUUUCAGCUACAUAUUCUGCCUUUUCAACACUACUCAGGGAUUGCAAAUUUUUAUCCUCUACACCGUUAAAACAAAAGUAUUUCAGAGUGAAGCUUCCAAAAUGAUGAACUCCCUGUCAACAUCCUUUGGAAGAGUGAAGUCAGUGCCUUCAAUGCCGCUGAGACUGCGUGUAAGGAUGUAUAAUAUGCUCAGGUCCAUACCAUCCCUAAAUGAACGCUUUAGGCUGCUAGAGCCUUCCACAAUGACGGAGGAAACCUCACUCUCUUGA